CACAAUUUACAUUUUAGAAUUUAUAAUACAUUACAUUACAUAUAAAGUCUCUCUCUCUCCCUCUCCCUUGCUCACUCUCCAUCUCCAUGAUCAUCUCCACCUAUAUCUCUUCUUCAUCUCUAUCUUCGUCUUCCUGAUCGAUCUCCUUAAUUCCUGCUCAUCUCAAUGAUUUAUCUGGCGUCUAUCAGUCAGUUAUAUAUCAGCAGCAGCAGCAGCAGCUCUGCCUCUACUGAUUAAUCACCAAAUCAUUUAAUGUUGUUGCCAUGGCGGCCAGUGGAGGUGCAGCAGCAGUAGGGGUCAUCUGUGACGAGGAAUCUACAGCGGUAUUGUUGAACAGCGAAUGGUUGUCAGCGUCAAUGGUGAACUUGCAGGAGACGAACAGAUCAAGCUGCAGGAGCAAGAGGGGGAGGAGGAGGAGGCAAUAUGAAUAUGAUAAAAUGUAUGAAGACGAUGAUGAUGAUGAAAAUGAAGACGACGAUUGUAUAACUAUUGAUGAGAAGUCGAAGAAGAAGCGGCGGCUGUCGGCGGAGCAGGUGCGGUUCCUGGAGAAGAGCUUCGAGGCGGAGAAGAAGCUGGAGGGCGACCGGAAAGCUGAGCUGGCAAGGGAGGCGGGGCUGGAGGCGAGGCAGGUGGCGAUCUGGUUCCAGAACCGGCGGGCCAGGUGGAAGACGAAGCUCCUCCAGAAGGAGUACGACGCCCUCAAGGCCGACUUCCAUGCCCUCCAGGCCGACUACCACGCCCUCUUCACCCACAACCAGGCCGCCAGGAACCAGGUGAAUUUACUGGCGGAGAAGCUGCUGUCGAGGGGGAUAAGGAUAAACCCGCCGUCCGCCGGCGAAGAUGGUCCGGCGGCGGCGCAAAAGAGCGAUCUUGAUCAGGAUUCCGACGACAGCCCCGCGGCGGCCCGGGAGUCUUCGUCGUCGGAAUAUUCGCAGGGUCAGGAGGAUAGGGAUAGGGAUAGGGUGGAGUUCUUCCCUAAAAUUGAGGACUACUACGAUGAUGAUGAUGAUGAGUAUGAUCUGCUGCAGCCGAAUAAUUCUUGCAAUCUGGGAUUCCCGGUGCAGAAUCACCUGGGCACCUGGUUAUGGCAAUGUUGAAUUAAAGAUUUGGGAUAAUUAAUUUAUUUGAAGAAGACGAAGUCACGAUG